UCGAUUUGUCGAGAAAUGAUUUAGUUUCCUAGGCUAAGACUAGAGAAAAUAAACGUUUACAUACAGUUUUUACUAAAGACAAAUGGGUUCGUCUUCGUCUGGAAAAAAACACAAAAAGGAAAAGAAACACAAACGGCAUCGUUCACGGACUCCUAAGAACACUACUGAUGAAGAUGAUGCCCAUGAUAGUCAUCAUCGCCGUCACAAGAAGCACAAGGAGAAGCACAAGGAAAAACGUCACAAACUUCCAAACGAUGAUAGAGAUCAAGUCAUAGCAGUGACUGAGACAGAUUCAGACAGUUCUGACUGCAUUGAAGUUCCCGUAGGCAAUGAAGCAAGUCAUAAGAGCAGGAGCAAGGAACGUGAUCGAAGUGCACCACCUCCUCCACAAAUCACUAAACAGGCAGAAUAUGAGGAAGAACGUCGUCGUAGGGAGUAUGAGAAAGAACGCUUGAGGGCGUACGAGAAAGAAAAGGCCAGAGAGCGGGAACGCGAAAGGGAACGGGAAAGGGAGCGAGAAAAAGAAAAGGAGCGGGAGCGCCAGUAUGAUCGUGAGAGGGCCUAUGAAAAAGAAAAGGAGAGGGAACGGCGGAAAGAGUAUGAGCGCCGUCGUGAAAAGGAUCGUGAAAGGGAACGUGACCGAGAAAGGGUUGACAAAGAGAGAUACUCCCGCCGCCGUGAAGAUAAUGAAGACAAGGAAAUCGAAAGAGCCCUUUCAAUAGAAAGUGAACGUGAAAAAUCUGUGGAGAUUGUAAAGUCUCAAGACCGUGAAUUCUCCCCCAUACCGGAAAAUGGUGCUGGUGACUGUCUAUCCAUAGAGGAAACCAACAAGCUCAGAGCAAAACUGGGCUUGAAGCCAUUAGAAGUUGACUCUGGUCCCUCGUCUAAACCUUCCACUUCAGCAGCUGUUGAUGCAGAACUAAAAAAACCCGGUCAGAAGAAUUUGUCCAUGUACAAAGACGAGUGGGGUGAAUUUUUACAUAAACCAGCAGAGAGUAUAAAAGAAAAGACUAAGGCCGAAAAUCUAAGGGAAAAGCUGAAGCAACGCAAAGAAAAGCGAUUUUUAGAGGAACGUCUCGCGCGUAUAUCAACGUUGGGAGAAUCCGAUGACGAGAUCGAUGAUAUAAGUAAAUGGGUGCAACGAAAUAAAAAGGUGGUGGAUGAGAAGAAAGAAGCCGAGAAACGGGCCAAGGCAUUAGAAGAGUUGGACAAAGAAUUUGGUAUCGAUGAUCUACUACAGCAGGAACAGGCGGACGUUCGUCGCAAGGCGUAUGAUGAAAAGCACCUGAAGGGCUUAAAGGUCGAUCAUGACAUGGACGACUUUACUGAAGGCAAAUCCAUAAUAUUGACAUUAAAAGAUGCGGACGUUUUAGAUGAUAAAGCGGACGACACGCUGGUUAAUGUGAACAUGAUAGAUGAUGAACGUUAUCGCAAAAAUGUAGCGACGAAAAAGCAAAAUCCAUUGUCUUAUGGCUACAAUGUGUACGAGGAGCAAUACGAUGAAUUGGGUAAUCCAAUAGAGAGAGGAAUUUUGGAAAAAUAUGAUGAGGAUUUAGAUGGCAACAAAAAGAAGACGAAAAACUUUGUAAUUGGUGAAAAUCUUGAUGAAGAACGCGAACAUCGACGCAAGCUUUUGGAAAUUAAGACCAAAUUAGCAGGCAAGCGUUUGGAAACAUUGGCUGACACAGAAAUAACACUAGCUUCUGAUACCUUAACAGAAGCCGAAAUGGCCAAAUUCAAGAAGCCAAAGAAGAAGGUAAAAAAAUUGAGACAAAAACUCAAGGCUGACGAUUUGAUGCUUAUGUCAGAAGAAAGCUCUGCUCAACAUUUUCGAAGUCGCUCAGGCCGUCAUCGCAGCCCUAGUGAUCGAGACGAUCCCAUAUCAGUCGAGGAGGCAAAUGUCAAAGUUGAGGAAGAAGACGAUGAUUUGGAACGCAUGCUUUCAAAGGCACGCAAACUCAAACAAAAAGACAAUCUGAUCCAGAAACCUUUGCCAGUCGACAUAAAAACGGAAAUCAAAACGGAGAACGAAGAAGACAACGCAAUGGAUGUAGACGGCAAUCGAGACAGUAAUAUUGUGUUGAACGCGACAGCCGAGUUUUGCCGUACAUUGGGAGACAUACCUACAUACGGCAUGGCUGGUAAUCGCGAUGAGGACUCGAACGACAUGAUGGAUUAUGAAGUCAAUGAGACUCAUGAAGAACAUCUGAGUGACCAUGAUGACGUUUUGGUUGAUACCGGACAUGGUACUUGGAAUUCUGUUAAUCCAGACGAAGUCAACAAACCCGCGAACUUGGAUAAUAUUGUCAACGAAGUGGAGGAAGUGGCCAUUCUUGACGAAGAGCCCGAUGUGGGCGCUGGCGUUGCUAAUGCUUUACGUUUAGCUUUAUCUAAGGGCUAUUUGGAAAAGGAAGAGCACAAUCGCCCCAGCAAUUCCAAAAUGGCUCAUCUACAAGCGAAAAAUUAUUCAAUAGAAGACAAAAAUGUUGGCGAGGAUGACAAAUUUGGUAGAAGAGAUCGUUAUCACGGCGGCCCCAUCAUGGAGUUCAAAGAUAAGGACAACUUUAAGCCAAAUGUCAAAUUGGAAUACAUUGAUGAUAAUGGUCGUAUCUUAAAUUUGAAAGAAGCCUUUCGUUAUUUGUCUCACAAGUUCCAUGGAAAGGGUCCGGGCAAAAAUAAGAUUGAAAAGCGUCUUAAGAAGAUGGAACAGGAAGGACUAAUGAAAACGAUGAGUUCAACGGAUACACCACUAGGGACUCUCACCAUGUUGCAGCAGAAACAAAAGGAGACCAAAACGCCAUAUGUUGUGCUCAGCGGUGGAAAGCAGGCCUCCACAAAUAUUUCGGGAGGAACCAUAUCUAAGUUUAAGUAACGUGGAUUUGUUUUUUUUUUAUAUUGUCAAUGAGCAUAGUGAAGACACUACAAUAAUCUAAAUUACCAAUAACACAUAUUUGCAAUAGUCAUACUCUCCAUAGCAUAGUCUUAUACUUGUCUUCUUGGAUUAACCCCUAAAUACAAUUACCAUGCUACAAAAUCAGUUGCCACUUGAUCAAUUUUGAUCAUUUUCCCAGCCAUAUUAAAUGCAAUAGUUUACCACUUUACUUCUCAGCCAAUUUUUUACAAACCUACAGCAACCAAAUAUCCUAAAUAUAUAUUAAAAAAAUUAAAAUAACAUAUUUUAUUACAUGUGUCUCACACAAUGUAUCAUUUAAUGCAAAUAUUUUAUUCUAAAAAAAAUAAAUUGAAUGAUUUCAAGCCUCCAAAGGCAGUCAGUCAUCAUCUUGUAGUACGUACGAUUAUUUUUUCUUUUUCAAAAUGAACUGUUUAAUUAGAGAGAUAUCAAAUAAAAUCAUGAAUAUAUACCUUAA